AUGAGAUCUGCAACCACGACCGCUAAAACAGAAAGAGGACUCUCAAUAACAAAAGCAACGUUUCCCAUGGUAGGAUCAAUCCUUGGCUCUGGAGUGCUAACUCUGCCCACGGCUGUUGAGUAUUCGGGAUACCUGCUAUCGGCGCCAAUACUAAUAUUUAUAUCGUCCGUGUGCGCGUUCACACUCUUCCAGCUUGUCCACUGCGCAAAGAAUCUGGAGACUAAAGACCCGUCCUAUUUCAAAGUGUGCCAAAACACGUUCCCUGCGCUGGGGUACAUCGCAGAGGCAUGCAUUGGAGCACAGGGCCUGGGGGCUGUUUUCGUCUAUUUUCUGAUUCUGAAGACGUGGAUAUCUGAGUUUUUGGGGCUGAAAGAGCAAAUAAAGUACUUGCCAUACAACAUUGCUUUCAGCGCUGUGCUAAUGAUCGUGCCAACUUUUUUGGCAAUGCAGAAAAACUUGAAAAAGCUCGCAUUUAUUUCAAUACUUUCGACUAUAUCUGUGGUGUUUUUGUCUCUGGUUGUCUUGCUCUCGGGCGUGCUUUCUGUUCUGCUCCCCAGCACGGGAAUACAGAAGGAUGUGCUCAAGGCGUACACAAAGAACCCUUGGGACAUAUUCUCAGCCCUUUCUUUCUACAUAUUUGGUCUGGGCUGCCAGCAAAACAUGGUCAAAAUCUUUUCUUUGCUUGACAAGCCCACAAAAGCCAACGGAACAAAGGUGGGCAUCUUCUCUAUUGCGAUAGCAUCAUUUGCGUACUUUUUGGUUGCAAACGGUGGAUACUUCGCAGGAGGAAACAACCAGGGCACGUCAAUUCUCGACAUUCUGGCGGACAAAGACAGAUCCUUCUACAAGCAGAUCAUUGCAAACUUUGGAGAGGCUUCUGGGAACAGAUACUUUUAUCUCAUCCAGCUUGCCAAAAUAGCAAUGACCAUUGUGCUGUUUGGAGCGUAUCCUCUGCAGAUGCACCCAACAAGAGACUCGAUCGUCACUUUCCUCAACCUUCCUUUCAAAGACUACGUAUCCAGAAAUAAAAGAAAGGCUGAAAUAGCAGUAAUUUCAUGCGUGACAUUGCUUUUACUUAUUGGAUCACUAGGUGAUAUUAAAUAUGGCUUUGUAAUGAACUUAAUUGCAAACACGGCAAGCUGCUACAUUAUGUUCUCGCUUCCCAGCAUUUCAUACAUCUUCUCCAACAAAACAAAGGUUCCAUUUACAGUGGUCUCUUCCUUCAUACUUGUGGGAAGCAUUUUGUUUUCUUUUAUAAGUACAUAUAAUCUAAUUGCUGGUUUAUCUAAAAACUAA